AUGGCGCCUGCUAGUCAGGGACAUUUGACUUCCAUCACAACAUGUGCACUGUGUUUAUCUGAACCGACUUGUUCUGGACCGACCUGUCGCCAAACCCAACGUUCAAUGGCGAACUGCUACUUCAGCCCCUGCGAGUCUUUGAUACGAGCUGCAAAACACGUUGAAGGCGCUGGAGGAGAGGAACAUACAUUUAAGAAGACAAGAGUCAAAAUAUACGAGUAAGUGAUUGUCUAUCUGCUUCCUUUAGUAGAGGCGUUAUUCUUCUCUUCUUAUUUUGAUUGCCUUGUCGUUGUUGGUACCACAACACAACACAUAUGAUGAAAACUACAGCGACUACACGAAAUCAGAAGAGACAAGAAGAAACCUGGAUGCCAACCACCACAAGCUGGAAAGAAGCUUGCAAGCAAACGUUGUUUGUCGUUGGGAGGCUUUCAGAACUACAAACGUUUAUCAGUUUGCUUUAUUUAUCCUCUGGAUGAUAGUAUCUUUAAGAUACUUAUGCUCCAUAGUGCAACGAAAUUUCUGUACCAGUAGCAAAGGGGGCAAACCCCUGAUUUAAUAAGAAAUUCACUGACCACAUCUUGCAGAAAUUUAAUUGGCCAUUUGGCAGCAGCUGGUCUUGAUCAGCUUCACUUUUGCCAGUACUUCUGGAGGGACGAAGUACCAGUUCAGAACACUGGUAAUAAAAGCUUUUCAAUUUUGAAUCUUGCCUCUAUUUCUGUUUCUGUUUAUACUUCAUCGCUUCACCAGAAUCCUUGGGAACUGGGGUAUUGGGAAACAACAAGGUUCAGGGUUAGAGACGUGUGUACUUGUGCAGGUUGCAGCGAAGACACUUCACUCUCUUUGUGAAACUUCUCUCCAACCUUCAUCUCUACCACUUGCAGACAGCAACAAGAAACACAACUCUAAGGACCAGCUUGAUAAAUCGCUACAGCGACGUUCCUAACUGCCAUUGAACAACCAGCUCGGUGGAUAACUCUAAUCGUCUCUCCAACAACAUACGAGAAAGCUUAGAACCUGCAAUUCGCUUUUGCCUCCAACUGGAGUAGUCAGUUCUGUGUUCUCAAAGGCCCUGAAGUCAGUCUUGCCCUAAGGACGACGUACUAUCUCUCUGAUAUUUCUCAACAAAACUUUUUUCAGCACUCCAUAUCCAUCUAAUCCAUUGUGGAUGGGUUGACGUGCGGGAUUUGGCGGAGGCACUACUACAACCCAGAACAUUGACAAGUCUUCUAUUCACAAGCACUCAAGCCAAGGCUUACUAGAGAUAACUUUUGGGAUCCCAUCAACUAAUUCUGACAAUUAGAAAUGAUUGCUUCAGUCAUGGCUGAGAAUUCUGCCAUAGAUUACCAAUCCUGGCGGAAUGGGAACAGAAAACUGGUGGAUGAUUGGUACAAGGUGCGUUUUAGAACCUCAGUAACCUUUGAAUGCCUUAACCUUUUCGCUAAUCUGAUCUAGCGAUAUUCUAAGCGGCCGAAGAAAAUACCAAAAAGUACUUAUCGUAAACCUCGGGAAGUGGUCAGUUCAGUGGAAGGCAGAUGCUCCAGUUCUCAAUUCGGUCUUGCAACACUUCGUCUAGGGAAGGUCAAUACUCCAAGUCCUGAUAAAGGUCUUGCAACACUUCCUCUAGAGAUGGUCAACAUUUCAAGUCAACACUGGGAUCUUGCAUCUCCUGCUGCUGAACUUGAUCACGACCCGAGGUUUUCGACUAAGUAUUUUGAGGUACGCGAAGCGAAGGGCGCCGGACUGGGUGCUUUUGCUAUCAAGGACAUAAAAAAAGGAGAGGUCGUUAUGACCGAGAAACCUCUUUUUCUGGCAACGGACGCAACAUUUUGGGAAAAGUACCAGGGGUUGACGGGGGAGCAACGAGAUACUUACCGGAGCUUGCACGCCUGGUCUAAAGCUGGCGUUACUUGGGAGAACAUAGCACAAAGUAUCUUUUGGACCAACAGGUACGUAUUCGCUCCCGUUACUUUAUAGAGAUCCUGCUGACCGUUUCGAAGAUUCCGAACGUACUCCGAGCCAGGCGAAACUGGUAUCUUCGUCAAGUCAUCGCGGUUCAACCACCAAUGCCACCCCCACGCUAACUGCUCGUACUUCUUCUACAAGGACAAAAACCUCUUGGUGUUCACGGUUUUGAAGGAUAUCAGGGAAGGAGAAGAGAUCACUAUCUCUUACUCUGACAAGCCACAAGAUUUCCCCUAUCAGUACGGAUUCACUUGCAACUGCCCCAGGUGCUUGAAGACUGGCAGACGUUGAGUAUUGAGCAUUGAGGGGUACGGGAACGGGAGUGACGGAAAGGACGGGAAGGCAGCGGGAUGAGGGGAGUGGUUGGAUCGAUUAUUUCUUCAUGUUCGUCGCCACGGUUUCUGACCGGUCUAUUCAGGAUUAUUAGGGUCUUUCCGAAACCCCUGUUUGGUGUCCGCGAUGGACCGUAGCGGCAAGGCAGAAUUCUCGUAUCCGG